UAUUCUAACCGCGUAGUCGCAAAUCCUGCUAACGCGCUUGCCUAGCCUAGAGUGACGUGUUUGAGGAUCGUUCCAUCAAAAGUGCGCAGUUCAAGUGAAGUUUAAAGUGUGUGUGUGUGUGUGUGUGUGUGCAGAACGUGACACCAUUUAAGUCGCACCUAAACCAUGCGUGAACUUAUCGAUCCGGCGUCUCUUCCACCAAUCCCAGCAACUGUAUUCGGAACAGAUAACAUGUCAUUGCAGAUGAGUGUCGUCCUGGUGUCGAUGGGCAUGAUUAUGUACGGCGCUGCGUUAGCACUUGAAUUGCUAGGCUACGCCUCAGCACCCUACCUGCAGAUGCAGCUGUUUACGACCGGAUUCGGACUGCUGCUUACCACCCUGGGCAUCAUCGCGAACCAGCUGGCCCAAGAGCUGGUGCUAGCGGUUCGCGUCCUUGCGCUCAUAAUGCUCAUGUCCGAAUGUUUCCUCGGUCUCAUGCUGCUGAUGGCGAAGUUUAAGCGACUCCAACGGCUGAUGGCCCGUUUUCGACAGUCGCACCAGAUCCACGCCGAGGAAGGUGCUCCGAUGCUGUCCUACCCGGGGUACGGCCGUGUCUCCGUAAGUAACCAUGACGCGAUGGAAACUACACUCGGCGAAAGCUACGCCUACCGCAUCGUUCAACCGGGCGCUGUCUCGGCGAACGAAAUUAUGAUACCACCGAAUGUCUCGAUUCACUCACCGCCUCCUUCACUCGCAUCCUCGAAGAAGGACCUUUCGCAGGGCGAACGUGCAUCGUUUCAGAUGGUGCAGGUGUUGGACGAAAGCACCGACAAGAUACCGGUCGGACAACCGUUCUGCUUCAAAACGCCGAACCCAACGCCUGCCAUGUUGGCUGACCUGCUGACCUCACCGGUCAGCAAUCAGUCCGAUGGCGAAACAUUCGAAUCAACCGCUGACAAGAAGGAGUCACCGGUCUUCACACCAUCCGGUAGUGAACCUGCCACCACCAACCCAGAUCCGUCCACUGCCACGGCCGACCAGCAGACGGCUGCAAAGCGUCAAGCGGCUCGCAAAACUUUCCGACUCAGCCCGUCCGUGAUGCGUAAAUCAGACGAGGAGCGCAAAGAACCCAACCAGUCGUCACCAACCGUACCGUUCAUACCGUCCAGCAAAGAUAAAAAAGCGAUCCGUCCAUCGACGCUUAAUCUGCCCAAAACGGCAAUGCGCAUAGCAUCGUUCGGGAUACUGCGGAACAAUAUGCUUCCACCCGAUGUCACUCAUCAACCGAAAAAGGAGGAAGAUGGCGUUAAAACACCUGACACACCGCUUUCCGAAAAGAAGCCAUUCCCCGUCGAGCGCCAACCGACACCUGUGGCCGACCCAGUGCAAGAGCCAACCUGGAGCAACCCGGAACCGAUGCCAAGUACCAGCCGUCAGGAUCCGUCCGUAUCCUUGGCCAAGGAAUCCAACUAUGGGUACACAUUCGAUGAGGUCAUCUAUGUUUAAACUGCACGAAACUGUGGCUUACAACACUUAUAAUCAUUUAAACAGUUAAGCACUCAUUGUAAGACCAAAACACGAAGAAGCAAGCUAGGAAUUAAUCCCAAGCAGACAACACAGCAAGUGUUGCCAUUUUUCCAUGUAUUAUUUAUUAUUGAAAGUAUAUAUUUUGUAACGAUAACUGCUGUACUGUAAACUGUGCUGAGCUCUGAGCCUGGUUUUGGAAGUGUCCGUGAUGGGUUGGUUGAGAUCAACCGGCAAGGAGGGGUCAUCACCAUAUUACCAUCAAACAAUCAAGCUAGCCCAAAUUUUGGCAGGAAAUAGGAAUCUUUCCAUACUGUAGCGGAGAUUUCUGUUGUCGUCUCAGUCUAUCAAACUAAUAUCUCUCAAGUGACACGUUCCACAAAAUUCUACUUCAUCUGACUUAGUAGAUUCUCAAGUUGCAGGAGGGACCUUAAACAAUUGUCCUUCGAUGUCCAGAUUCUGAUUUUUUUUUUCUGCAGCAAAGAUAUCCUAGACUCCACCUACAAUGUUGACGACAACUGCAUUUUCGACGAAGAUACGAUAU